AUGGUGAAUGACCGAUGGGGAGCCAUGAAUAGCUCUUCUGAACUCGAAGAUGGGACCCGGCACAAGAACCAGAGUUUCUGUGAGUGUGUGCCCAGCUCCUCCCAGCUCAAACACCGCUGGUCAGGCUCUGAAACAGCCAGGGAAACACCGGCCAAGCGGAUGAGCUGCAGCUACCUGCUCUGCACCAUCUUGCUGUUUGUGGCCGUACUGCUGGCUGUCACCGUCACUGGCACUAUUCUCUUCAUGAACCACUACCAGGCCCCGCCCAUGUCUGAUGGCAUGCCGCACAUCUCCAACAAUCAGGAGGAGGGAAAUGCUCUGGUUACUAUCGAGAGGGGCGAUGGGUCACGCAUCAACAUCUUCAUUGACCCUAACUGCCCCGAUUACAACAGUAACUUCCUGCGCCUGGAGGGGGUGCAGACCUCACUGCUCCACUCGCUGACUGACCACGACUCGGACCUGAAGUCAGUCAAGGGCCAGGACAGGGCUCUGCUGGUCAGCCUAGCGGAGGAAGUGGCCAAGCUGUCGGCACACGCAGGGCAGCUAAAAAUGGAUUAUGAGUCUCUGCAGAGGGGACAGAGCAGCCUGAGACAGGACAUCAGCACUCUACAGACGGAGCAGGGGCGGCUCAUACAGCUGCUGUCUGACAGUCAGGUGAACAUGGUGAAAGUGGUGAACUCAGUGAGUGACGCUCUGAAUGCCAUGCAGAAGGAGAAUGUGGGACUGAAGGCCCGAGUCAAGGCAGACCUGCAGAGAGCUCCUGUGAGAGGAGCGCGCUUCAAGGGCUGUUCUAAUGGCUCGCGUCCCCGUGACUGUGGUGACCUGUACGCCAGCGGUCAGAGAGAGGACGGCAUCUACUCUGUGUUCCCCCUGCACCACCCCACUGGCUUCCAGGUCUACUGCGAUAUGACCACUGACGGAGGGGGCUGGACGGUGAUCCAGCGCAGGGAGGACGGCUCGGUCAACUUCUUCAGAGGAUGGGAGUCAUACAGGGAAGGUUUUGGAAAGAUCACUGGAGAACACUGGCUCGGGCUGAAGCAGAUCCACGCGCUGUCCAUCCAAGGGAACUAUGAGCUACGCAUUGACCUGGAGGAUUUCGAGAACAGUACUGCAUACGCCCAGUACGGCACCUUUGGAGUGGGUCUGUUCUCCGUGGACCCUGACGAUGAUGGAUACCCGCUGACUGUGGGGGACUAUUCUGGAAACGCAGGUGAUUCUCUUCUGAAGCACAACGGAAUGAAGUUCACGACCAAGGACCGGGACAAUGACCACUCGGAGAACAACUGCGCCUCCUUCUACCAUGGAGCCUGGUGGUACCGUAACUGCCACACCUCCAACCUGAAUGGCCAAUACCUGCGGGGCCAGCACACGUCCUACGCGGACGGCAUUGAGUGGUCUUCAUGGACUGGCUGGCAGUAUUCCCUAAAAUUCUCUGAGAUGAAGAUCCGACCUACUCGCGACCCUGAUAGUAAAUGA